AUGGAUGGGGUUUGUAAAGAUAAUAAUAAAGUUGGGUACGGAGGAGGGUUGAAUUAUGCUUUGAGGUUAGGUUUGGAUGGAGUGGAAUUGAAUGAUGAUUAUAUGGCGGUUGUGAACGCCAUCAAAAAUGGAGCCUCUACUAGUAUUGUUGGACAAUCCUUAGUGAACAAUAUUCGUCUAUUAUUAAAUCUUCAUUGGGAGGUGAUUAUGGCACAUUCGUAUAGGGAAGUCAAUUAUUGUGGUGCCGCCUUAGCAAAAUUUGGUAGCAAAUUGAUCGGGGUCAAUAUUACUCCGCACUUUAUGGGAGUUGCUACUAAUUUCCUCAGUUUUAGGCCGGAGGAAAGGGAGUUCAAAUUUCUCGAUAUCCUUAUUGGUUCAAAUCCUAGAAGAAUUUCUUCUUGGAAUCCCCUUUUGGACAAUGUUAGGAGGAAAUUGAGUUCUUGGAAAGGGAGGUGGCUUAGUUUCGGAGGAAGGGUCACUCUAAUAAAAUCGAUUUUAAGUAGCUUGGCAAUAUUCACCCUUUCUUUCUACAAAGCUCCAAAGAAAGUGAUAGCGGAGUUAAAUAGAAUGCAAAGUAACUUUUUAUGGGGAGGGGUUGAAGAGAAAAGGAAAUUGCAUUGGGUUAAAUGGAACUCUUUGUGA